AUGCCGGGCUUGACCACCCCAGCAACCACGCACCGAUACGACCGACGGGUACGGAUACCACCAUCCGUCGCACACCAAUACGAUGCCGGGCUUGACCAGCCCCAGCAACCACGCACCGAUACGACCGACGGGUACGGGUACCACCAUCCGUCGCACACCAAUACGAUGCGGCUUGACCAGCCCCAGCAACCACGCACCGAUACGACCGACGGGUACGGGUACCACCAUCCGUCGCACACCAAUACGAUGCCGGGCUUGACCAGCCCCAGCAACCACGCACCGCAAUACGGUGAACGCAUGUCCGGCUUGACCAGCCCCAACAAGCAGGACCACUCGGUCGACAGGUCGACCAACACCCAGGCCGCAGGCGGCUCCAUGAAAAAUAGUAAAUUCACGAAGGGCAAGGCGAAAGAAGUGGCCGCCAAGAAGAAGGGUCAGGAAAGGGAGAAGGAGAAGGAGAAGGAGCGACGCACUACUCAGGUCCGGAAGAGGGCGUCGAAGAUAAUGGCCGAAGAAGAAUUAUUGAGUGAUGAAGAGCAACCGAAAACAAAAAAGAAGAAGUGUGCUGUGGUGGAGGACGAGGCGGAAGCCGAUGAGCAGGAUAAGGCAGUCGAAGACACGCCAGAAGAUGUCGAGAUGGAGGAUGACACUACUAGUAAGCAGCCUACUACCACUCGACCCAAACCGAAGCCGGCAUACGGUAAAUUCGCGAGACCCGAGACGUCCUUGGAUCCCGCCGAGGAGAAUGUUGCACAAACACUGAUCGGGGGGCGGCGUGAAGCCAGGGAGAACGCUGGCAGUAGUCGCACUGCCGGUGAGUGGGAAGGACAAGGUAAGGCCCGAGCAACAGGCAAGGAUGACUCGGUCGAGAGCGAGCAUGACCCCAAAUCAGACGAAGACAGCGAUGGCGGAGGCAGCGAUGAUGCUUAUGACGAUGACGCAGGCGACGAUGGGAGUCAGGUCGAGGAUGAGGACGACGUCGACGAUGACGGAGACGAUGAGGGCGAGGACGAGGGCGAUGUGGUAGUGAGUAUCCUCUCUGGUUUAUUGGUCGUGAUUAGCAUCGCAUUGGACUAUCUGCAGGUCGUGUCUGAGACGAGGGCGCAAAGCAAGCCGGCUCUCGCCAAGUCGACGGGCAGUGGUCGAGACAGCAGCAGUCGCGCCAGGGUCGCCGACUUACCAGCCAAAGUCAGGACUCUCGUCUCGGCCGCGCAAAAUUGUCUGCGACUACGCAUUGCGCUCAACUCGGCGUGGACGAAGGAGGCUUCAGUCGCGUCCAAGCGGCUGCCAAGGAGGGAUAUACUAAUCCGUGACAGUGUUCGCGACGCUUAUGACAGACGAGGGACUGGCAACCAUGCUGCCGACAUCAAGGCCGCGUUUUGGCUGCUGGCCGACAAGAAGGACGACAAGAAGAAAGACAAGAAGGAAGCGGAUCACACCCAGAAAGACAAGAAGAAAGCGAAUGGCGAUGCGAGCUCGGAUGGUGACGAGGACUCGGAACGAGCCGCUUUGAGAGCGAAGGCCUACUCCGUGGUCUGGACUUGCUCAUCACAGACUCGGAACGAGCUCAAGAGGAAGGCGAAGCAAGACCGAGGUCGUCGUUGGCUUCUCGAGACGCACCCAACGGAAGUGAAUGACGGUUCCGGGACACGCAACAUCGCGAACUUCGUCUUCGGGGGCGUAGAGUUCCACUUCGAUCGCAAGAAAAAGCUGGAUCGAGAGCUUACCAAGGUCGAGCCCACGGAGCCAUUCCGAAACGAAUGCAUCCCUGAGCUCAUCUACCAGUACUACGGCCUGGCAGGACGCGGCGAUGCGAACAUCAAUGCGGCCCUGGAUGAGUUCAGCAAGAUGCCCUUCAACCUCAUCGCCCUCGCAUGCAACGCGGUACAUCGAGGCAGCACUGAUGGAGGUAACGUCGCACAACCAGUCCAUAUUUUCUCCGGCAAGCUUUUCGCGGCCAAGUGGGAUGGCACGAUGGCCAUCCUAGAGACUCUGGAAGACAGUGCCAGCGAGUACCUCGAAGAGACGCGAGAGCUCAUAUGGAAGCACAUCAGCAAUCGUCUCAACGCUGGCCCCAACGCGCUCGAGGGAGUGACGGACAGCGAUGAGCAGCCGGGCAGCUUCAUCCCUUUGCUCCAGUUGCGUGCAUCAAAGGCGCAGAGCAGCAGCGACAAGCCCGGCACAUCGAAGGCUGCGACCAAGCCGCCGUCGAGCACCGCGAAGAAGGGCAAUAAAUCCACCACAUCAUCGAAGACCGCGGGCAAGCCGUCCGGCUCAUCGAAAAGCGCGAAGACACCGAAUUCUUCGCAGGCUGCGAAGAAUCCACCCAGUCCAUCGAGGAAGACUCGCGGUGCAGGCGCGUCGACUUCGAAGUCACAGAACCACCAACGGCGCGACUCUGACGGCAGCGAGGGCGGUGAAGCGGGUGGACAGGGCCACAGUGAGGACGAAGGGGGCGCCGGACUCUCUGGCGAAGGCGGUGAAGGGGUUCAGACUGAGAUCGAUGAACUCCGCGGGUCUGGAGAAGACCGUGGCAGUGGAGCAUCCACGAACGGCGGGGCCUGA